AUGGAUAAAGAACACUUUCGUUUCUAUAUUAAAGUGCGUACUGCACUUCAUAUUCAGCUAACAGGACUGUUCAAAGGUCGAGAAGAAGUUGAAGAUGAAGAAAGAUCUGGAAGACCCGUAACAGAGACAACAUCCGAAAAUGUCGACUGGAUCAGUGAUCUUAUCAAUGAUGAUCCGUAUCUUACAUUUGACGAGAUCGAACAACAAACGAGUUUAAGUCAUGAUACUGUGCAACAGAUCAUUUCUGACCGUUUACACGUCACUCGAUGCAACCCGUUGUGCUCUAAUUAUCCUGUGAAUGAUGCUAUCCAAUUAAGAUGUUGUAUAGACGGAUUUUUUAGAGCUUUCGACGAGCUAUCUGCUGGUAAAAAAAAAUUUUCAUAG